AACUGACCUUCAUUUUGCAUGUAAACAAAAUGUUUUUUCCUCUUUUCACCCGUCUUUAAAUUUCAGAAAUUCAAAACAAGAAAAACAGAGUAGCCCAAGAAAUGAGAAUCUUAGCCGACAAUGGAACUCCCCCAGUUCCAGAUUCAUCGAUUCCUGAGAAUUACGCUUUCGAAAUUGGUAAACAAGGGGAGGAAGUAGUUGAACAAGAAGAAGAAGUGAACGACAGCCCAAUUGAGCAAGUGAGGCUCACGGUUCCGAUCACCGACGAUCCAACUCAACCCACCAUAACUUUCCGGACAUGGGUUCUGGGCCUAAUCUCUUGUUCCCUUCUCGCUUUCAUCAACCAGUUUUUCGGCUACCGGUCCAACCAGCUCUACGUCAGCUCCGUCGCCGCACAAAUCGUAGUUCUCCCACUUGGGAAGUUAAUGGCUGCCGCAGUUCCCAAAACCGUAAUUCGAGUCCCCUUGACGAAAUGGUCCUUCUCGCUAAAUCCAGGGCCGUUCAAUCUGAAAGAGCAUGUUCUGAUCACCAUAUUCGCCAACUGUGGAGCCGGGGGAGUUUACGCAGUCGCCAUUAUCACCGCUGUCAGAGCUUUCUACCACCGUGGAAUCCACGCCGCCGCCGCCAUGUUACUGGUCCAAACCACUCAGAUGCUUGGAUAUGGAUGGGCUGGAAUGUUCAGAAAAUAUCUCGUGGAUUCACCUUACAUGUGGUGGCCUUCAAAUCUCGUUCAAGUCUCCCUUUUCAGGGCGUUACAUGAGAAGGAGAAGAGACCCAAAGGAGGGCAGAACAGGCUGCAAUUCUUCACGAUUGUGUUCAUAUCAAGCUUUGCAUACUACGUCGUGCCGAGCUACUUGUUCCCAUCGUUAUCGACUCUAUCGUUCAUUUGCUUGAUAUGGAAGAACUCCAUUACUGCACAGCAGAUUGGUUCAGGGCUAAAGGGGCUAGGAGUCGGCUCAAUCGGCUUUGACUGGUCAACCGUUGCCGGGUUCUUGGGGACACCACUAGCGACGCCAUUGUUCGCCAUCAUCAACACUCUAGCUGGGUUUGCCUUGGUUGUUUAUGUGAUCGUCCCCAUUGCUUACUGGAACAAUGCCUUUGAAGCUAAGAAGUUCCCAAUCUUCUCACAACACACUUAUGACAGUGGUGGUCAGAUCUAUAACGUAACGCGGGUCCUGAAUGAGAAGAGCUUUGGGAUUGAUCAUGCUGCUUAUGAGAAUUACAGCAGGUUGUAUCUCAGUGUUACUUUCGCGUUCGUCUAUGGCAUGAGCUUCGCUGCACUUAUGGCUACCAUUUCCCAUGUUGCUCUCUUUGAUGGGAAAACAAUUUGGGAUAUGUGGAAGAAGACAACUGGUGCAAUGAAAGAUCAGUACACAGAUGUCCACACUAGGCUGAUGAAGAAGAACUAUGAAGCUGUCCCACAAUGGUGGUUCAUGACUAUCUUGGCUAUAUCUCUGGCCCUUGCAUUUGUUGCUGUGGAGGGUUUUAACAAACAGUUGCAGCUCCCUUGGUGGGGACUCCUCUUAGCUUGUGGGAUUGCCUUGUUCUUCACCUUGCCAAUUGGUAUAAUUCAGGCCACAACCAAUCAGCAAAUGGGGCUGAAUGUAAUCACAGAGCUCAUCAUCGGAUACAUGUACCCCGGUAGGCCACUGGCGAAUGUGGCUUUCAAAACAUAUGGCUACAUCAGCAUGGCACAAGCACUUAGCUUUCUUCAAGACUUCAAGUUAGGUCACUACAUGAAAAUCCCUCCCAAGGUCAUGUUCCUAGUCCAGACAGUAGGGACGCUAGUUGCUUCAACGGUCUACUUUGCAACAUCGUGGUGGCUUCUCACGGACAUCAAAGACAUCUGCAACCCGGACUUGCUCCCGAAGGGAAGUCCAUGGACCUGCCCUGGAGACGACGUCUUCUACAGCGCUUCGAUCAUUUGGGGAGUGAUAGGACCCCUCAGAAUGUUUACCGAUAGCGGGAACUACCCUCAAAUGAACUGGUUCUUCCUUGUCGGUCUACUUGCUCCGGUGCCCGUGUGGCUAUUGUGGAGGAAGUUCCCGGAGAAGAAAUGGAUAAGGCUGAUCCAUAUGCCCUUGAUCUUUGCAGCAACAGCAAAUAUGCCACCAGCCAAGCCAGUGCACUACUUGACAUGGGGCACAGUUGGGAUUUUCUUCAACUACUAUGUCUACAGAAAGUACAAGGGAUGGUGGGCUAGGCAUACUUACAUUCUGUCAGCUGCAAUGGAUGCUGGUGUUGCCUUCAUGGGGAUACUUGUCUACUUCACACUUCAGAAUAAGGACAUUUACGGCGCAGAAUGGUGGGGAUUGCAAGCUGAUGAUCACUGUCCCUUGGCCAAAUGCCCUACUGCUCCCGGGAUUCAAGUUGAUGACUGCCCUCUCAUUCAUUGAGAUCUGUCCAUACUUACUGCAGUCUUCAGUUUGUGCUGCAUCUUCUGGCUUUGAUUGAUUCUGUCUUUAAGACUUUACGAAGCAGUACAGCAAACAUCAAUUGAUCCGCCAGCCGGGGGUAUAUUAUAUGGUUUUUUUGUUUCCACGGAUAGCUUUCUUUUUGGAGUUUAGCUACCAGUUCGUGUAGCAGUUCCCGGCAUCGCUGCCGCUAGCGUGCAGACAAAUGGAGCCUUCGCUGCAUCCCAUGGCCUACCAUUUCUUAUCGCUAGACGUCAACUACUUUCCCCUGCAUAUAAAACCAACACAUGACACUAAUUAAAUAGAAAGCAGAAUCCUUUGGAGAUGUUCUUCUCUAUUUCAUGAGAUAAGAACUCUAAUGGGGGAACAGGAUAACAAUGGGUUUGACGAUGACCAUCCCAAGACCAAGCCUGGUGCCUUCGAGAUUGAGAAACCUGGCCAUCUUCCUUCAUUAUCAGGUGGGUUUUCUCUAUUUUCUCAAAACUAACACUGACAGCAAAGUUUCCAACUUUUUUCUUCUGGGUUUGGUGGGAAAGGCUACUGCUGCUGGUGUGACUCUGUUUCUCUUUUGGCAGAGGAAGAAGAGGUGAACGACAACCCGAUUGAGCAAGUCCGGCUGACGGUUCCGAUAACCGACGACCCGACCCAGCCCACAUUGACAUUCCGGACAUGGGUUCUGGGGAUAGCGUCUUGUGCUAUUCUAGCGUUUGUGAACCAGUUCUUCGGUUACAGGACCAAUCAGCUCUCUAUCAGCUCCGUCACUGCUCAGAUUCUGGUCCUGCCACUCGGCAAGUUGAUGGCUGCCACGCUUCCCAGGACUGUGAUUCGAGUCCCCCUCACAAAGUGGUCUUUCUCGCUGAAUCCAGGGCCGUUUAACUUGAAAGAGCACGUUCUGAUCACCAUUUUCGCCAAUUGUGGGUCAGGAGGGGUUUAUGCUGUUCAUAUCAUUACCUCAGUCAGAGCUCUCUACCAUGGCAGCAUCAGCCCCAUUCCAGCCAUGUUGCUGGUACAGACCACUCAGGUAAAUUGAACUGAACCAUCACCAUCCUCACAAGCAUAUAUGCAUCUGAUUCUAGAAUACAUGAAUUUCGAGAAAUCAUAUAUUUGGUGUUUUUCAGUUGCUUGGAUAUGGAUGGGCGGGUAUAUUCAGGAAGUUCCUGGUGGAUUCACCUUACAUGUGGUGGCCAGCAAACUUGGUCCAAGUUUCACUCUUCAGGGCAUUGCACGAGAAAGAGAAGAGGUCAAAGGGAGGCCAAACAAGGCUGCAAUUUUUCACCCUGGUUUUUGUAUGCAGUUUUGCUUACUACAUCGUACCAAGCUACCUCUUCCCAUCGAUAUCGACCAUAUCAGUCAUCUGUUUGAUAUGGAAGAACUCCAUCAAAGCUCAGCAGAUUGGAUCGGGGAUGAGUGGCCUUGGGAUUGCCUCAAUUGGGCUAGACUGGUCUACUGUUGCCGCCUUCUUGGGAACUCCCCUGGCCACACCACUGUUUGCCAUUGUCAACACCAUGGUUGGUUUCUUCAUGGUGAUUUACGUUAUCAUCCCGAUCGCUUACUGGAACAAUGCAUACCAUGCCAAGAAAUUCCCCAUCUUCUCCUCCAAGACCUUCGAUAGUACAGGGCAUCGAUAUGAUAUCGACAGGAUUCUGAAUAAGAAGACGUUUGACAUCGACUAUCCUGCCUACGAGAGCUAUAGCAAACUUUACCUCAGUGCCACUUUUGCCUUUGUGUAUGGGAUGACUUUUGCUGGUCUCAUGGCUACCAUUACACAUGUGAUUUUGUUUGAUGGGAAAACAAUUUGGGAGCUGUGGAAGAAGACUACAGGCGCGGUGAAGGACCAGUAUACCGAUGUGCACACGAGGCUGAUGAAGAAGAACUAUGAAGCAGUACCGGAAUGGUGGUUCUUGAUCGUCCUGGCUAUCUCUCUCGCUCUGGCGUUUCUUGCAGUUGAAGGUUUCAACAGACAGCUACAGCUUCCAUGGUGGGGACUCCUCUUAGCAUGUUGCAUUGCCCUUACCUUCACCUUACCAAUAGGAAUCAUCCAGGCCACCACAAAUCAGCAAAUAGGGCUAAAUGUGAUCACAGAGUUGAUUAUCGGGUACAUGUACCCCGGCAAGCCACUCGCGAAUGUCGCUUUCAAGACCUACGGAUACAUCAGCAUGGCACAAGCCCUAGGGUUCUUAGCAGACUUCAAACUCGGCCAUUACAUGAAAAUCCCUCCAAAAGUCAUGUUUGCAGUUCAGGUAAAACCCAAUCGAAACCCUAAUUACUGAUUACUAUGCCACAAACAACCUCCUCUACGCACAAUUUCCACCCACAUCAAGACAUUCUUUUCCCCUCUUCCACAGACGGUGGGCACAUUGGUGUCUUCAACAGUCUACUUCGGGACAGCCUGGUGGCUACUCUCAUCGGUGAAAGACAUCUGCAAUCAGGACAACCUGCCGCCGGGGAGUCCAUGGACGUGUCCCGGCGACAACGUCUUCUACAGCGCCUCGAUCAUUUGGGGGGUAAUUGGUCCUCUCAGAAUGUUCACCAACAAGGGGAUCUACCCAGAGAUGAACUGGUUCUUCCUCAUCGGCGCGCUCGCCCCGGUACCCGUGUGGCUGCUGGCGCGGAAAUACCCAGAGAAGAAAUGGAUCAAGCUGAUCCACAUGCCGCUCAUAUUCGCCGCCACGGCGAACAUGCCGCCGGCGAGGCCCGUUCACUACUGGUCGUGGGGAGUGGUGGGGAUCUUCUUCAACUACUACAUCUACAAGAAUUACAAGGGGUGGUGGGCUCGGCACACAUACAUCCUGUCGGCCGCCAUGGAUGCCGGCGUCGCCUUCUUGGCUGUGCUGAUUUACUUUCUGCUGCAGGACAAGAACAUCUACGGUCCGCAGUGGUGGGGAUUGGAAGGGGAUGACCACUGCAAAUUGGCGACUUGCCCUACAGCCCCUGGAGUCAAUAUCACGGGUUGCCCUGUUUUCUAAUUCUAGCAAUGUGUUUUUUUUUAGCCCGCUGUGCUUUGACUUUCCACAUCAUAUUAUAGGACACAUCUUAGAGGGGAAGAAAAAAACAAAGGGAAUGAAAUGCUAGGAGUUGAAGUUUUUGUUUCCUCUUCCAUUCCAAGUUCCAACUGUUGUAAACUUGUAAUCUUUUUUUAGUUUUUGAAUAAAAGUUCACGUUCUAGCUUUUA